CCCUUCCCCGCCUUGUCUUUUUUCUUCUGUGACUACCGCUAUAGUCGCGAUCCUAGGAUCUCUUCCCCUCCCCUUCUCCCCUCUUCCCCCUCCCCUUCCUUCUCUCUCUUCCCUCCUCACCACCUUUCCCUCUCCUUCCCGCCUCUUCUUAUCAUCACUAUGGAGUCUCGACCUGCGACGGCUGAGCCGUCCAGUAAGCGGCCGCGAUCGCCGUCCGGCGACUUUCCUCCUAUCGCAUCCAAAGUCCCCAAGCCCUCCAAUCACCUGCAGAUCAACUACCUGGCCCGUCAGUAUCCGGACAAUCUGCCUCUGGUUUCCGUCGAGGAUACCAUGCCCUCGAUCAUUCACUUGAUUGGAGAGUAUGACGGCGUUUUGCACCGACACGAGAGUAUCGCCGGCAACUUGGGCGCUUGCCCAUUAGGCCCCAUUCUGAUCAAGCGCUUCGAGCGCCUUUUCGAUGGACCGCCCCGCGUGCUCAAGUCCCACGGCAAGGAUUCCCCCAACGUCACCUGGCUAGACGUGGUGGAAUUUGCCAAAAACAAACCGGAACAGUUCAACCUGGAGAAGUCUCGCAAUGGCGUGCGCGUGUGUCAAUUCUACACCAAACAGUGUCGCGUGGAGAUCAGCGAGGAGGAUUUCGUCCUGAUUGCAUCAGGCAUGCCGCAGAAGAUGAUUCCGCCUCAGCCGAUCAUUGAAGACGAAGAGAAGGAACUGGGCGCGCUCGAGAUACUGGAGAAGAAUCUCCAGCAGAUCAUCCAGGUGGCCGACCAAGUAUCCGCGCGAGCCCGACAACUCAACCAUCGCCUGAAGAACCGGAGGACGGCGAUCGUGACCCGUCGAGAAAACGACAUGUCCCUUAAUUCGCAACGACAUCAGCAACAUCGCUCGAUGAGUCCUGCGUGGCGCGAUGCGAACGGACAUGGACUUCCACUCCUCAAUGGCAGCGCUCCGGUGAGCGCUCACUCUCCAUCCACUGGUUUUGUGGCGGUCAAUGCCGGCCGGCCCGGCGCUGGCGAAGCUGCUGUGGAGGAGAACUCGCUCUCGUCGCAAUUCAUGUUUUCGCACUCGAACACGGACAACGUCACGAUUAUCAACGGCACCUCUAUCAAAGGCGCGUCGCCGACCACGCGCGCCGAGCUAAUGAAGAAGUUCUUCACUACGCAAGACCGGCAGUCCCGGUCCUAUGAGGAAGGACCCGACUCGUCGGCUCGGCAGUCAUCGCGACCGCGCCCGCGAGCGUCGGAUGCGUCGGAGUACAACAUGUAUACUCCGGCCCCGACCACCGUCGCCAUCCCGAGUACGCCGUCGUCGUUGCUACCGCCGCCCAAGUCCCACCACCAUGAUAAGGAUGACGGGGGCCCGCACAAAAUGGAGAUGGUGGCCCGCAUGGAGGAGCUGCAGCGUGGGGAACGGAUUAUGCCCCCUUGUGAUCGGUGUCGCCGUCUUCACAUGGACUGUUUAAAGAAUCUGACGGCCUGUAUGGGAUGUACGAAGAAGCACGCCAAGUGUUCUUGGAAGGAUGUGAAGGAAGAUGAGCUGCGGGAGACGCAGGUGGACCGCAGCUCCCGGGAGCGGAUGGAGGAAGGGCCAGCCCAGGAGGUCGCGGCAACCGCCAUGGGACCCUCUGCGGUGCAAGCACCUCCGUCCGCGGCGCAGACUCCGGUCUCCGAGCCGACGAUGAUGGACGUGGAUCGACCGCUCGCUCAUGAUCAUGUCGACUUCAGUACGCGACGAGAGUCGGCCCCAACCGCGACGGCUGGUCCGGCCGUGGGAACGCCUUUCAAGAGAGACCUCUCCCCUCGUCGCGCGAUGAGCGAAAUCCAGGGGAGCAACGUCAUGACGCACGACCGACGCAUUAGCAUGCAUCGGCAUGCUGACUCGGCGCAGGAUGACGACGCCCCAGAUGCCAAUUCGCGCCUCAUGCAGGCGAUCUUGGAUACGGUGGACCACCACGCGCGGGUGGCGGCUGCCGCCAAGGAGGGGCAUGAAGUCAGUAACGAACGGGAGCGAGAACGGGAACGCGAGCGGGAGCGGGAGCGCGAGCGCGAGCAGGAACGGAAGUUGGUGCGAGCAUAGUGUAUAUCUUCGUUGGCGGGAUGAGCCGGCGCGACUUGGAGUUUUGUAUCUAUGUUUACCUUGAUUCUGUUUUUGUUUCUGUGUGUACUGUUGAGCGAGUCUGGCAGAU